AUGGGUCCCGGCGAUGGAGACGACGGAGGCGACGACGGAGGCACCCAGUACAACCCUUUCGCCUGGGUCCUCGUACCUAUCCUAGUUUUUGGUCUCAUCGCGGCGCUGCUGACCUGCUUCCGCUACCGACGUCGGCGCAGAAUGCUUGCCGCUUACGGUCAAAACGUGCUAGCCCAAGACAUUGAGGCCAACGGACAGAAUCAGAGACCGCGCGGGCCGGGGAGGGGUAGGCGAGUCGGCCUGUUGGGCAUGGGAAGUAGAGACGAGGGUCUGAAUGAGCUCGGCGAGGCGCCUCCUGCAUACCAGACUCAGAAGCGGCCAGAGGAUGUCGAGCUGACGCCGUUGGAGAGCGUUGCUACCCCGGCAGUCACGGCCACGACGGAACGAGCGGGGAUGAGUGGUGGUCCGCCUGGGUAUGAGGAGACGACGGGACAGAGAACUGGCACGACGACAACCUCGGAACCGACGACAACCUCGGAACCCGCGGCACCGCCUCGAGCGGUAUUGGCUUCGAGCUAG